CAAGGCAGCCGGGAAGUGCUGUGACCGCUGCCCUGAGGGGGUUUCCCCGAAGCAGCGAUGCCCUCAAGGAUCCUCCAAAUGCUGGAAGCAGUGUGAGUCCGACUACUACCUGGACCAGAACUGCCGCUGCACGGCCUGCGUGAGCUGUGCGGGAGGUGACCUCGUGGAGAAGAAGCCGUGCUCAUGGAACUCCUCCCGCGUCUGCGAGUGCCGGGCGGGCAUGUUCUGUGAGACAUUAGUCAUCAACUCCUGCGCCCGCUGCUUCCCGCACUCCGUCUGCCCAGCAGGCAUGGUUGUCAAGGUCCAGGGCACAGCACAGAGGGAUACUGUCUGUGAGCUGCCUUCCCUGGGGGCCAGCCCUGACUGCAGCACCAGCCCACACGGCUGCCCGGGACCCGUCAGCCGCACCACCCACCAGGCCAAGCCCACAUUGACCUCCCCAGCAAGCUCUGAUACCAGGACCACACUUCUUGGAGGAGGCACCCCCAUCGCCCCAGAAGAUGCAUCUGAAAUGACUCCCAGCUCUCCCUCCACCGUGGGGAAGCUCAAUCCAGAUGGAGGGCUGAGCCUGCAGCAGCCGUGCCCUCAGGGGUCCGCCGACUGCAGGAAGCCAUGUGAACCCAACUACUACCUGGACAGGGAUGGCCGCUGCACGGCCUGUGUGAGCUGUUCAGGAGAUGACCUCGUGGAGAAGAUACCUUGCACGUGGAACUCCUCCCGUGUCUGCGAGUGUCGACCUGGCAUGUUCUGUGUCACAUCAGCCACCAACUCUUGUGCCCGCUGCGUCGCCCGUCCCAUCUGCCCACCAGGGAUGGUCGCCAAACUCCAGGGUAUGGCUGAGGGGGACACCACCUACGAGCUACCUCCCCCGGGGACCUACCCUGACUGCAGCUCCAACCCAGAGGACAGCGGGGCCCCUGCCAGCACCGACCCCUCCCUGAUCUCCCUGGUGGACUCCCUGACGGGUAGGGAGCAUGGAGGGGGCGUAACCCACGCCUGGGGGGACGCCUCCAUGUCAACCAGUGCGCCCAUCUCCUUCUCCUCCACAGGGAAGCCCACUCUGGUUUCAGGACCCGUGCUCUUCUGGGUGACCUUGACGCUGGUGGUGGUCAUCAGCUCCGGCUCCUUCCUCCUGUGCCACUGGAAAGCCUGCAGGAAGUGGAUUCGGCAAAAGCUCCACCUGUGCUACUCCGUCCAGACCUUCCAGCCCAAGCUGGAGCCUGCAGAUUCCAGGCCCGGGAGGAACCCUGCACAGCUGAUCAGGAGCAUAUCGGUGGCAGAGCCGGGCACAGAGGAGCUGGGGUUGCUGAGCCCCCAAGCUGCAGAGAUGUGCCCCACCGUGGGGGCAGCUGGCCUGGAGAGCCUGCGGCUGCUGGAGGCCAGCCCGGCCAGCAGCCCUUCAUCCCCCACCGACCUUCCUGAGCCCCGGGGGACCACGGAGUGUACCAACAACAGGAUCGAAAACAUCUACAUCAUGAAGGCUGACACCGUGAUCGUGGGGACGGUGAAGACCGAAGUGCCCGAGGGCCAGGGCCUGGUGGGGCCGGCGGGGUCUGAGUUUGAGGAGGGUCUGGAAGUGGACUAUGCCCCCCACUACCCCGAGCAGGAGACAGAACCACCUCUGGGCAGCUGCGGGGACGUCAUGUUCUCAGUGGAGGAGGAAGGAAAGGAAGACCCCUUGCCCACGACCGACUCUGGGAAAUGAGGCUUGGCCUGGGCUGGGGCAGAGAAGGCAGCUGGGUGCCUCUGGGAGGCCAGGGUGGUGCUGGGGGCACCAAGCUGGUGGCAGAGGCCCGUCUGGCCUGAACUGGUUCCAGCAUCCAGCAGUAGGCCCAGCCUGUCAAGGCAGGAGGUUCUGGUGGUUUGUACCUGCAUCCUCACCCGGCUGCCCCCUGACCCAGACCCCAGGGGAGCCCGGGCCCGCGCAGUAGAGACACCCAGGGGGCUGUGUCUGAAUGGCAGUGGUUGUCGGGGCAACAGACAGUUGGCAGGAACUGGGCCCCCUGCCUUCUGCUGCUGCCAAGGAGAUGCCCUGGAACCGUGGGUGUCAGACACACGCACACAGGGCGGAGGGGAGGCUGCGAGGCACGUACCCCUGUGUCUCUUCCUGUCGCCGUGGCCUCAGGAGUGAUGCCCGCCAGCUGCCCCCAGUUACUGUGAAUGUGGCCCCUGUGGGCACUGAGCCAGCGCCUGCGGUUGUUUCUCCUGAGUCAAAAGGAAAGUCAAGAGAUGGGGUGUCGUCCGUCUGCCGCGUCCUGGCCGCAGCUGCAGCACUGCUUUGUGCGGACGUGAGCCCCCAGUCUGGCUUCCAGCCCUGCGCGGGCUGCUGGGACCCUCCUGGGGCUGCCAGUUCUCUGCUCUGUAGCCUCCAUGGUGGGCCCAGGGCGGAGGACCACGUCACUGUCCCUGCCGCAGGAGGCAUCUCAGGACCCAGAUAUCUGCAGACCCUCAACAGCAGUGGUGCCCCUCUCUGGUCGGAGACCUGCCCGGCCAGCUGUUGCCCGGAGAAGGGCCUGCUCUGCUUUGCCUAGGGGCUUCCUGCCCUCUUGGAGAAGGGGAACCAGGGGCUCUUCUUGGGUCCUGGCUUGCCCUGUGGGCACCAUGCCCUCUGUCUUGGGCAAUGAAGAUCUCCCUAGGUCAGCCAUGUGCACAGAUCCUGGUGGCACCAGGCCCUGCCUCUGGCUCCAACCACUCAGCCCCCAUGACUGGGAUGUGGAUGGUUUCACGUGGACGGUCUGCCAGAAAAGAAAGCCUUUAGCAGUUCAAUUUGGACUGCAGGACUUUUGCGCUUCGGCUUUCAGACUCAUGUCAACAAGUGGCUUUGGAAAUAAGUGGCCAUGACACGUCUCGGGCACGGAGUUGCAGGCAGCCCAGAGGCUGCUGGAAUUACCCGCUGGAAGCCAGGCCCCAGAAAGCUGCCAUUUCCUCACCAGCCCACUGCUCUCGGGAGGAAGUUGAGGCUGGGUCAGGAAUCACAAGGGUAGUUUCUGAAACAACUCAGAUGUUUUGGGGAAAGUUGGAGAGAGGCUGGACACUCUGGGAGCCGGUUUACAUCAGCACCUGAAGUUUAUGUGGGAUGGACCAUAUUUGCCAAAAUGCCCUGGGCAAGGACAGUGUAGGGGCUCGGCUGUCCUCUGUGACUUGAGGAUAUUGACACGUGGUUAAUGGAAUGAAGUAUUCUUUCGGCCAAGGGACCUUCACAGAACUUUGAUCCUUUAAAAAUUCAUCAGGUCCCUUAAACACCAAUCAUAAGGCUCAGGAAAUUCUCCCUGAGAUUGGGAGUAUCUGAGAACCACUGAACAGAAGGGUCCAAGCAAUCGCUCUGCCCCCAGGAUAGGGGAUCCCCCUUCACCUCUAGGCUGCCAGCCUCUGGAGACUAGAAGCCCUCUAUCUACUGGGACAGCCCAUCCCACUGCCGGAUGGAGACACUCCCUUUGUGUAACUCCUGCUGCCUGGUCCCAGGCCCACCCUUUGAGGGUCCUCAGGAUAAAGCGUUUGGUGCUGAGGCUGCCUGUGGGUAUUGGCAGGAGGAAUCCCGAGUCUCUGCAUGGCCUCCUCCCUCUGGGCUGGGUGGAGCAGCCCCACCGCUUGGGGAAAGGGAGUCACAAAGUAGCAGCGUGCAUGCCCCAGCCUUAGAGGUCAGGGAGAGGCCUGAGGGGUAAAUGUGAACCUCAGGCGACCAGCCAGAGCUGGGAGGAGCCGGCCUGCCUACCUGGCCACAACUCAGAGGCAGGUUGGGGCCUGCUCCUCACCACAGGCAGCUAGCCUGGGGCCCCCUCUGACUGUGGCUCCCCUGGAGGGUGGAGGAAGGAGACUGAGGGCCAGAGUCAGACCUCACCCACCCCACCCCCAGGACUCCAGCCCCUGCCCAGACCUCUUAGUCAGCCUGGCUGUUGAACCAGCCACUGCUUGUCAUGUGAUUGAUCUGAAAGCCAGGGCAAAUUCCCCUGCCCUGACCAGUGAUGAGGAACCUCUCCUUAACCUCUGGCCGUUCUGAUGUCCAGGUGGGCAGACAGACAAGGCCCCUGCUGCCCAGGGUAGCAGUUCCCAGGCUGUAAGGAACCUGCCCACAUGUGCACACCGCUUUUCCUGAACAGUUGCCGUUGGGGAGUGACAGUAAGUGACUAGUGUCCUACUGAGACAGGAGGGAAGGGGGCAGGGUACAGCCAUUCAAGGAAUGACACAGCAAUUAAUACCAGACUGGUGGAAGAUUCAACCCCUAGUAGGUCUUGAGGCUCAAGACAGUGGGAGAUUUGACUCCCAGUAAACCUUGAGUUUCAUUAUACGCUUAUUGUAAUAUAUUAACAUGGUGAAUGACACUCCCACAGGCACCAAGACAGCUUCAAGGCUGACCGUAAAAGGUCAAAGAGUGGGCAGUGGCCCAAUUCCUGGGAACCCCAGCCCCUUCCCCAGGGUAGUUGGGAUAGUCCUCCCACUUGCUAGCAUGUGAAGCUACUGAGCCCAUAAAAACUGGCAACACCAUGCCUCGUGGCCUCACUGGCUCCCUCGUCUUCAGAGACGGCCCGCACUCUGUGGAAUGUGUACCUAUUUUUACUUUAACCUGAGCACCCAGCCCCCAAACCUUGUGGCCUUUCUCUCGCCUUCUGAAACAGCCUGCACUCUAUGCAGUAUGUAUCUCUCUAAAUAAAUCUACCUUUACUCA